UCUUCUCUCCGGCACCCGCCAGGCCAGGAGCACGGCCUGUUUGCAGAACUGAGCAUUGAUUUCUCUGGGGCAGAGAAGGCUCCAUGCAGACGCAGUUCGGAGCGAAGAAGGAUCGUUCAAGAGGCUGACAGAGGAGCCCCCGUGCAGGGUGAAGUCAUGAUGCCGGCAGUCGGUACCCCAUCAUCUCUUUGUGGUGGCGAAGGGGGAACGGAGGCCGUGGGACCCCAUGAGGGUCUGGUGAGCUUUGAGGAGCUGUCUGUGUCUUUCACGGAGGAGGAGUGGGCGCUGCUGGAUCCGGGCCAGAGAGCUCUGCAUCAGGAAGUCACGGAGGAGAUCUGUGGGAUCGUGGCCUCUCUGGCGGCUGCACACUGGGUGGGCCUUUUCAUCAAGCUGUCCACCCCAACCCCAAGAUCUCUUUCUUGUUCAGUCGCCACCAGCUUAGAUCUGAUGGACCAGGAGAGAAUAAGGACAGGAGCAAUGCACAAGAUGACCAGUAAACCCUCUGCUCUUCAUGGCCACAGUGAAACCCCAGUACAGGAAAAUGUAGAUGAACGAAUGGAAAUAAAUCAGUAUUCUGUGCGUAGGACAAGCUUUGAUUCUCAAUCGAGUCUUAAAAGCCAUUGUAAAACUCACACAGAUGACAACUCAUUGAAACGCUUGGAGUGUGGAAAGAGCUUCACUAGAAGCACACAGCUUAGUUGUCAUCAGAGAAGUCACGUAGGGUUAAAACCAUAUGAAUGUGCGGAGUGUGGAAAUUGCUUCAGUGAGAAGAUACAAAGCACUUGUCAUCAAAGAAUUCACACAGGGGAGAAACGAUAUGAAUGUGCAGACUGUGGAAAGCGCUUCAGUGACAGGGCAAACCUCACUUCUCAUCAAAGAAUUCACACUGGGGGGAAACCAUAUGAAUGUGCAGAGUGUGGAAAGCGCUUCAGUGAUAAGCUACACCUCACUCGUCAUCAAAGAAUUCACACAGGGGAGAAAUCAUAUGACUGUGCAGAGUGUGGAAAGAGCUUCAGUCGGAGCACACAACUCACUUCUCAUCAAAGAAUUCACACAGGGGAGAAACCAUAUGAAUGUGCAGACUGUGGAAAGCGCUUCAGAUGGAGCACACACCUCACUCGUCAUCAAAGAAGUCACACAGGGGAGAAACCAUAUGAAUGUGCAGACUGUGGAAAGCGCGUCAGUCAGAAGAUACAACUCACUUUUCAUCAAAGAAUUCACACAGGGGAGAAACCAUAUGAAUGUGCAGACUGUGGAAAGUGCUUCAGUCAGAAGAUACAACUCACUCAACAUCAAAGAAUUCACACAGGGGAGAAACCAUAUGAAUGUGGAGACUGUGGAAAGUGCUUCAGUCAGAAGAUACAACUCACUUCUCAUCAAAGAAUUCACACAGGGGAGAAACCAUAUUACUGUGCAGAGUGUGGAAAGAACUUCAGUCAGAGCACACAACUCACUUCUCAUCAAAGAAUUCACACAGGGGAGAAACCAUAUGAAUGUGCAGACUGUGGAAAGCGCUUCAGUCAGAAGAUACAACUCACUCGUCAUCAAAGAAUUCACACAGGGGAGAAACCAUAUGAAUGUGCAGAGUGUGGAAAGUGCUUCUGUCGGAGCACAAGCCUCACUUCUCAUCAAAGAAUUCACACAGGGGAGAAACCAUAUGAAUGUGCAGACUGUGGAAAGCGCUUCAGUCAGAAGAUACAACUCACUCGUCAUCAAAGAAUUCACACAGGGGAGAAACCAUAUGAAUGUGCAGACUGUGGAAAGAGCUUCAGUCAGAAGAUGCAACUUACUUCUCAUCAAAGAAUUCACACAGGGGAGAAACCAUAUGAAUGUGCAGACUGUGGAAAGUGCUUCAGUCAAAAGAUACAACUCACUCGUCAUCAAAGAAUUCACACAGGAGAGAAACAAAACAAAUGUGCAGUCUGUGGAAAGUGUUUCAAAACAAGGAUACAUUACACUCGUCAUCAAAGAAUUCACACGGGAGAAACCAGAUGAAUGUGCAGAGUGUGGAAAGAGCUUUAGUGUGAGAACAAGCCUUACUUCUCUUCAAAGUAUU